UCCUACUUCCGGUUUGAAUCAUGAAAUGAGAAAUUUUGAAUUUCCACUAUAGAUCAUCCAUUAUACCAAUUUUUUAUAGUAGAUAGCAGUAGAAAGAAAAAUGCCAUUAGUGAAUGUCCUGCCUGUGUUUGGUGUGGGGGCUGCCAUAUUUGCCAUCAUGAUCAACUUCUCAGUGCACAAGAUAGAAGAGGGUCAUACAGGGGUUUAUUACAGGGGAGGAGCCCUGUUGUCAUCAACAUCAGGUCCGGGCUAUCAUGUGAUGGUGCCGAUAAUUACAACCUUUCGAUCAGUACAGACCACUCUGCAGACAGAUGAGGUGAAGAAUGUCCCAUGUGGUACAAGUGGCGGAGUUGUUAUCUACUUUGAUAGAGUAGAAGUUGUGAACCUUCUCUCUCCUGCCUCAGUGUUUGAUAUUGUGAAGAACUACACUGCUGACUAUGACAAGACACUCAUUUACAACAAAGUCCACCAUGAGUUGAAUCAGUUCUGCUCAGUCCACAACCUGCAGGAAGUUUACAUCAAUUUGUUUGAUCAAAUAGAUGAGAAUCUAAAGACAGCUCUACAGAAGGACUUGAACACUAUGGCCCCAGGUCUAUAUGUACAGGCAGUCAGGGUUACUAAGCCAAAGAUUCCAGAACAGAUCAGGAAAAACUAUGAAUUAAUGGAAGGGGAGAAAACCAAACUUCUGAUUGCACAUGAGAAGCAGAAGGUUGUAGAGAAAGAAGCAGAAACUGAAAGGAAAAAAGCUAUUAUCGAGGCUGAGAAAAUAGCAUCCAUAUCUAAGAUUACAUGGGAGCAGAAAAUCAUGGAGAAAGAAUCACAGAAAAAAAUAUCAGAAAUAGAAGAUUCCACUAGUCUUGCUAAGAUCAAAUCUAAGGCAGAUGCUGACUUCUACAGUGUCCAGAAACAAGCAGAGUCCAAUAAGCUACUUUUAACAUCUGAGUAUUUAGAAAUGAAGAAGUACCAGGCUCUUGCAGGAAAUAGUAAAAUCUAUUUCGGUAAUGACAUUCCAUCUAUGUUUGUGGACUCAACCACAGAUACAGCCAAGAGAGCCCCUCUUGAUUUUAAGGCAGCUCAAAUGAACAAUCCUUGAAUACACCAGACAUGAACAAUUAGUUUGUAGACGAUCUGUGCAACUCUCCAGUGUAGGGGUAAUUACGAAGAUUUCAGGACCAACCAAUAGCAGCAUUUUAGAAUUUCGUCCUCAUGAAUAAUAACAAUACACAGAAGAAAAUUAAAGCAAUAUCUUUGUGUAUCUAGUGGCAAUACUAUUAGACAGUAGUGUAACAUUUUAGAAUUAGACACAAAAUUUUUAUAAUUUGGAGAAAAUGCAUUGGUCUUUCAUAACUCUGUAGGCUCAUCUAUUUAAUAUAGCUGACCAUUGAUUUAAGCAAAAUAUUGUGAAUUACUUUAAUUUUGAACCCAUUUCA